AUGGUCCGCUGCAGCACCGACAUGACUCCGGACAGAGGUGUGAGGUGUGCGGCUAUAUCUGGACAAAAAACGCGGGGUUUAAAAAGACAAAAGAAAAAGAAAAGUGACCCUAAAGAGAAGUCACGGAUCGCUUUUGUCAGCGCGGGGGUCAUCCGGAGGUGUCCCGGAGUCAGGCCUUUCUCUGCCGCGGUUAAAAAUGACACCGCGCGCUUUAGAAACACGGUAUCUCUGGGGCGUGCGUCUGCGGAUGCUCCUCGUGCCCGCGCUCAGAGCCUCGUACCCGCGCUCAGAGCCUCGUACCCGCGCUCAGAGCCUCGUGCCCGCGCUCAGAGCCUCGUGCCCGCGCUCAGAGCCUCGUGCCCGCGCUCAGAGCCUCGUGCCCGCGCUCAGAGCCUCGUGCCCGCGCUCAGAGCCUCGUGCCCGCGCUCAGAGCCUCGUGCCCGCGCUCAGAGCCUCGUGCCCGCGCUCAGAGCCUCGUGCCCGCGCUCAGAGCCUCGUGCCCGCGCUCAGAGCCUCGUGCCCGCGCUCAGAGCCUCGUACCCGCGCUUAGAGCCUCGUGCUCGCGCUCAGAGCCUCGUGCCCGCGCUCAGAGCCUCGUGCCCGCGCUCAGAGCCUCGUGCCCGCGCUCAGAGCCUCGUGCCCGCGCUCAGAGCCUCGUGCCCGCGCUCAGAGCCUCGUGCCCGCGCUCAGAGCCUCGUGCUCGCGCUCAGAGCCUCGUGCCCGCGCUCAGAGCCUCGUGCCCGCGCUCAGAGCCUCGUGCCCGCGCUCAGUGUAAUGUAUGGCCGUCAUUAA